GAUAUGAAGCGGCAUUAUGUAAUAAGUAUAUAAUAAACUCUUAAAAAAAAUAAAUAAAGACAUCUUAACAUAAACCUUGCUAAACUACCUCAUACAAAGUUCCUGAAAUUUGAUUGGUCAGAAUCACAGUCCAUUCUGUCUCCCGUGUACCGUUAAGUCAAGAAAAGAUUGGACCUUACAAUUUAAGUUACAAUUUAUGUGUAUAUUUAAGCAUAAGCAGUGAGCGAUUGUAGUCGACGCGAGGGACUAAUUCGUCCUAUUCCUAAGAUUGUGGUGAUUGUUUUUUUUUUCUGUGAGGAUGUAACUGAGAUACCCGACAAGAAGGGCAGGCCCAUUUGCAUCUGGAUUGGUAUUUGAACUUGAAGGAAAAACGACUGGUUUACAAUGCUAGAAGUUAAUCAUUUUCCAUCAGAGAGAAAACCUUGAGGACUGGAAAUAAAUUUUGUUCCUAUGCUCUAGAAGAGCUGAAGUGAUUUAGUGCCUUAACCUUGCAGUUUAAAAUGCGGUUAUUUAUCUGUGAGCCCUCCGCGAUUUUGAGUGUGCUCUUAUGUUAAACGAGCAUCACGAUGUGGAACAAGAUGAUGCCACACUUAGGAGAAUCCGCGGGACUUCAGGAAUCAGUGCCAAAUGUCAUUUUCGUUAAGUAUCGACUGGUUUGACGCGCGCGUGCGUAGGGCGGUUGGAAUGCGACUGGAAAUAGAUAAAGAGAAGCCGAGAGAAACACAAACAAAACGGUCGAUUUUAAUCACUUUGCCCUGAUGAUUCCUGUGGCCAAUCCAGGUGCAAUGGAGCGCCUUGAUCCACGCAAGAAAAAGACAAGUGCCGGCAAAAGUCUCACCAAGUUGGAGGUUGACGGCGAAGGUGAUGGCGGUGGAUCGAAAGCGCUCUUCCUGGAGAAGGUUCGGCAGAGCAACGCGGCGUGCCAGUCGGGGGACUUCGAGACGGCCGUGGCACUCUACACGGAGGCCAUAGCUCUCGACCCCCACAAUCACAUCCUCUACUCCAACCGCUCGGCCGCCCACAUCAAGCUCGCCAAGUUCGCGCACGCCCUCCAGGAUGCCACCAAGGCGCGCGAGCUCAACCCCAAGUGGCCUAAGGCGUACUACCGCCAAGGGGUGGCGCUACAGUGCCUGGGGCGCCAUGCAGACGCCCUGGCCGCCUUCAGCAGCGGCCUGGCACAGGACCCGAAGUCUUUGCAGCUCUUGGCCGGACUCGUCGAGGCCGCCAUGAAAAGUCCUCUGAGAGCUACACUGGAACCCACCUACCGCCAGCUGCAGACGAUGCGCCUGGACAAGUCGCCCUUCGUCAUCAUAUCCGUCAUAGGGCAGGAGCUGCUCGCCGCAGGGCACUACGCUGCCGCCGUGGUCGUCCUUGAGUCCGCCCUCAAGAUUGGCACCUGCUCCUUGAAGCUCAGGGGUUCGGUGUUCUCCGCCCUGUCCUCCGCCUACUGGGCUCUGAACUCCCUGGAUAAGGCGGUGUCGUACAUGCAGCAAGAUUUAGCGGUGGCCAAGUCGCUGGGGGACAUCGCCGGCGAGUGCCGUGCCCAUGGCAACCUGGGCAGUGCCUACUUCUCCAAGGGCAACUACAAAGAGGCCCUCACGUCCCAUCGGUACCAGCUGGUUCUCGCCAUGAAGUGCAAAGACACCCAAGCGGCCGCUUCAGCGCUCACGAGCCUAGGUCACGUCUACACCGCGAUCGGCGACUACCCAAAUGCCCUGGCCUCGCACAAGCAGUGCGUGCAACUGGUCAAGCAGAUGGGCGACAAGCUGCAGGAGGCUCGAGAAAUCGGGAACGUGGGCGCCGUCUACCUGGCCAUGGGCGACUUCGACAACGCCGUCGACUGCCACAUGGAACACCUGCGCAUCGCCAAGCACCUGAACAACAAGGUGGAGGAGGCCAGGGCCUACAGCAACCUCGGCUCCAGCCACCACUACAAGCGCAACUUCGACCAAGCCAUCGCUUUCCACAACCACGUCCUGCGCAUUGCUCAAGAUUUGGGGGACAAGACCAUCGAGGCCCGGGCCUACGCAGGGUUAGGUCACGCCGCCCGAUGCAUGAGCGACUACGGGCAGGCCCAGAGGUGGCACGAGAAGCAGCUGGACAUGGCGCUCAGCACCAAGGACAAGGUGGCCGAAGGUCGGGCGUGUUCCAACCUGGGCAUCGUCUACCAGCUGAUGGGGCACCACGACGCGGCCCUCAAGCUCCACCAGGCUCACCUCAACAUCGCCCGCCUCCUGCAGGAUCGGGCGGGCAUGGGCAGAGCCUACGGGAACAUCGGCAACGCCUACUCCGCCAUGGGAUACUACGAACAGGCCAUCAAGUACCACAAGCAGGAGCUGACCAUCAGCAAAGAGGUCAACGACCGCAUGAGCGAGGCGUCGACGCACGGGAACCUGGCCGUGGCGUACCAGGCCCUUGGGAUGCACGAAAUGGCCCUUCUCCAUUACCACUCUCAUCUCAACAUCGCCAGGGAGCUGAAGGACACGGCUGGAGAGGCCUGUGCGUUGCUCAACCUCGGGAACUGCCACUCCUCCAGAGGGGAGUUCGUGCAGGCGGUGCCCUACUACGAGCAGUACUUGAUGCUGUCCCAGGAGCUGCACGAUACCGAAGGGGAGGCUAGGGCGUGUCACUUCCUCGGAUACGCGCAUUACUGCCUCGGGAACUUUAAGGAGGCUAUUAGGUAUUACGAUCAGGACUUGGCAUUAGCAAAAGACCUUCAGGACCGCAAGUCGAUGGGACGAGCCUAUUGUAACUUAGGCCUAGCUCACUUGGCCCUGGGGAAUUCGGAGACAGCCCUCGAGUGCCAGAAGUACUUCCUUGCAUUAGCUCACAUGAUGAAGCACCUACAAGGAAAGUUCCGCGCCCUUGGAAACAUAGGCGACGUCCUCAUGAAGAUGAAGAAUUAUGACGAAGCUGUCAAGGUCUACCAGAAGCAGUUGGUUCUGGCAAAGCAGUCGCGGGAUAAAGUACUCGAAGCUUCGGCAUACGGUGCCCUUGGCCUUGCCCACAGACUCCUCAAGUGUUUUGACAAAGCUCUUGGUUAUCACACACAGGAGUUAACCAUCAGGCAAGAAAUGGGAGACAUCAAAGGUGAAUGCAAGGCCCAUGGUCACCUGGGUGCAGUCCACAUGUCUCUUGCUAAUUACACAAAUGCCAUGAAGUGCUACGAGGAACAACUGGAAAGAGCCAAAGAACUUAAGGAUGCAGCCAUGGAAGCCCAAGCAUUUGGAAAUCUUGGUAUUGCUCGUCUGAACAUGGGUCACUUUGAGGAUUCUAUUGGAUAUUUGGAGCAACAGUUGGCGACGUUGGAACAGCUAUCCACCACCACAGCCGUGAUUGAUAAGGGUCGUGCUUUUGGAAACCUUGGGGACUGCUACGAUGCUCUUGGGGAUUCUGAAGAGGCUAUAAAGUGUCAUGAACAGUACCUGGCUAUUGCUCUUAAAACCAAGAGUCCUAGAGACCAGGAGCGUGCUUACAGGGGACUCGGCAGCUCUCACCGCUGCGUUGGUAACUUACAACAGGCUCUUGUCUGCUAUGAGAAGAGGCUAGUUGUUUCUCAUGAGGUCAACACCCCAGCCUCAAAAUGCUCUGCUUAUGGAGAACUUGGUCACAUACAUUCCUUGCUAGGGAAUUUUGAGCAGGCAAUCUCUUGUAUGGAACACCAACAUAAGAUAGCAAGGGAUUUAGGGGACAAAUUAUGUGAAGCUGAGGCAGCAUGUGGUCUUGGGACAGUCUAUCAACAAAUGUGUGAAUACUCAACGGCUCUUCGAUAUCACCAGUUGGAUCUUCGAAUAGCAGAGGAAUUGAGUAACCCAGCAGAACAGGGCAGAGCGCAUGGAAAUAUUAGUCUUGCCUAUGAAUCUUUAGGAAAUUUUGAAGAAGCUGUUACCCAUGGGGAGCAACACCUAAGUAUUGCAGCACAAAUGAAUGACAAGGUGGCAAAAACCUUGGCAUACUCAUCGUUGGGUCGUGUACACCAUGCUCUGGGUAAUACUACACAGGCAGUGGCUUACUUGCAGCAAGGACUUCAGAUUGCUGAACAGCUUGGAAGACGUGAAGAUGAAGCAAAGAUUCGACACCGUUUAGGCAUGGCGCUGUGGGGCCACGGAGACUUGGAUGCUGCUCAAACUCAGCUGGACAGAGCAGCUCACUUGUUAGACACUAUCCGGAGAGAUGCUCGUGGCUCGCAGGAUUAUCGCUUAUCCCUGUUUGAUUUGCAGACGGCCUCUUACCAGGCUUUACAACGAGUUCUUGUGGGCUUAGGCCGCAACGAAGAUGCCCUCUUAGUGGCUGAACGAGGAAGAACGCGAGCAUUUGUAGACCUGCUUUUGGAAAGGCAAGGUGCUACUACUUCCUCACGAGCUUCUAGAAUUGAAGACUCGACGCCAUCUUCCGUUGAUCAAAUUGUUGAGAUUGUAAACAGGCAGAAAGCUUCAGUUUUGUAUUACAGUAUAGCUGCUGGAUGCUUGUAUAGUUGGCUAAUUGUCCCAAAUAAAGGUAUUGUGAAGUUCCACGAAGUGAGUGUUAGUGAAGUUGAGGCAGAACGUGAAGGUGACUGUAGUGAAGAUACUACAGGAACAUCUGGUUCCCUAUUAGAACACUAUAUUCAGUCUGUUCGCGAUGCACUUGGUGUUGAGUGUGGUGCAGGUGUUUCCCGGGGAGGCAUUGCUAGUGAAACUGAAAGUGAAGCUGGUGACAUGUGGAAUGCUCAUUUGGAAGAGUUAGGUGAUAAACUUAAUCAUGAAGCAGACAGAACUGGCUUUUUGCGUAUGGUGAAUCGUAAUCAUCUUUUCAACUCUUCUAAUUACUCCUUAUCCUCUUUGUUUUCCUUGGGAUCAGUUAGUGGAUCUAUUGCCUCGGGUCCAGCUUCUCGACCUGGGUCAACCCGAUCAAGAAGAGUUACCUGGCAAGGUCCAUCUUGUUUGCGAUCUUUGUACGAACUGCUCAUAGCACCGAUGGAGGACCACCUGCCUGAUACCGGUGUAACCCGGGAGCUCAUGCUGGUGUUGGAGGGAGAUUUGUACCUUGUGCCUUUCCCAGUUUUGAAGGGAACCAAUUGCAACGACUAUUUGUGUGAACGUUAUUCAUUACUUGUGGUUCCAUCAAUUAGUGCAUUAAGAGUUAGCCAGAGAUCUAAGAAUUCAAAACCUAGUGGUGAACAAACUUCUGCAUUAGUUAUAGGCAAUCCAAAAUUACCUAGCACAGUGACUGAACAGUGGGGAUGGGGGGAAAUUCCUUACGCUGAACAAGAAGCAAAUAUAGUGGCUGAAAUGUUGCAAACAAAGGCUCUCACAGGGGCCUGUGCAAAUAAAGAAUCGAUACUCCGUCUGAUUUCGCAGGUGGAAUGCAUUCACCUGGCAUCCCACGUGUCUUGGAAACUCUCUGCAGUUAUUCUCUCACCUGGAGAGUUUGUUGAAUCGAGAUCUUCGAAAAGGUUAUCCCACUCUUCUCAACCCGAGGCUAUUCACGAGCAUCUGGACGAGGAAGGAUCGGAAAUAGCAUCAACUAUUGACCUUCCCGCACUAUCAGAGUUCCUGUUGACGGCUGCGGACAUAUUAAAUUUGAAGCUGAGAGCCAAGCUGGUGGUCGUGUCAUCGUGCCAUACGCGUGACCACCAUGGACGAGCAAACAGUGAUGGUGUUGUUGGCCUGACCCGGGCCUUGUUGGCUGCUGGAGCUCAGUGUGUUUUGGUCUCUCUCUGGCCUGUGCCAGACACAGCUGUGAAAAUUCUCUUCAGAACGUUCUAUUCAUCGCUGCUCCAGGGUGCACGGGUGAGUCGAGCAUUGUCAGAAGCACAACAGACAGUACAAACAACCAAACACUUUGCUCAUCCUGCUAACUGGGCUGGUUUCUUGCUGGUUGGAGCAGAUGUUAAACUUUCCAAUAAGGUUGCUCUUAUGGGGCAGGCCUUGUGUGAACUUCUGCGCACCCCUGACAAAUGUAGGGAUGCUCUUCGAGUCACUUUACAUUUGGUCGAAAAGUCUCUUCAACGCAUCCAUCGGGGUCACAGAAAUGCCAUGUACACAACGCAAAAGUCUAUCGAGAAUAAGGUUGGCAAUGUCAUGGGAUGGAAAGAUCUUCUCAUGAGCGUAGGAUUUAGGUUCGAACCAGCAGCCAAUGGAAUCCCCAGCAGCGUCUUCUUCCCUCAGAGUGACCCGGGCGAGAGGCUGACCCAGUGCUCUGCCAGUCUACAAGCCUUGCUAGGUCUUUCACAAACUUCUCUUCAAGCUGUGUCCAAACUUCUAGAUUCCCCAGAAUACGCAGAGGAUGUAAUUUCUGUCAUGCGUGCCGUCAUUACCCAGUUUACCAUCAAAGAUUUGGAAAGCGAGUCUAUCGAGGUUCCUGUACACGUCAAGCUGUGGAGGGUCAACGGAUGCCAUGAAUUACUUGCUUCACUAGGGUUCGAUUUGAUGGAAGUUGGUCGGGAUGAAGUUACUUUACGUACAGGAAAACAAGCCAAUAAACGCAAUAUCCAGUUUGCUCAUCAAGCGUUGCUGGCCCUUUUUGACACACAGGAAGCCCCAAAGAGUCUUAGCGUCGACUCUAGCAGUAGCCUGGAGUCAUUAGUCAGCACAGAUGAUGAAGACGAAUCAGUAGCUGCUCCCCCUCCCCCACCACCACCCUCCCAGCCACUCCUACCACAUCGCACAGCCCCCCUUCUCUUGGGUCGUGGGGCUUUUUCUAGUUAUGUGAGAAACAGGGGAGAGCCAGAUGGCGCGCGAGCCUCCACCAGCGAACAGAAGGGAAGGGAGAGUGACGCUGCUUUCACACCAUCCCCAGUUGAUCCUGUUGCCAAGUAUUCAAGAGCAUUUCGCUCCCCUCAUGAGCCCCCAAGUGACACUGGAUCCCCACAGCCAUCACCUCGCCUUUCUGUCACUCUUGCGCACCAGAACAAAAUUCGAUCCAUGUAUACCUCUGCAUCACCAGCAAGUGAUGGAGGAGGCAAACGCCCAGACAGUUCCAGCAGCACUAGCAGUAUGACUGACUGGGAGAGUGGCCAGGCUACAGUGCGGCGUCAGCCUCUCGCAAAGCCAAUUGUUGCUCCAAAGGCACCUAUUUCCUCCCAUAGUCGAGUUAGUGAUGUGAGUGCUGGUUUCAUGCGUCCCCAGUAUGUCUCUCUUAACAAAAGUAAUUCACAAGCUUCCUCUGGAUUUGAAUCGCAGAGUUCAGAUUCAGACUUUGGACCAAGGAGGACAGGUACUGUUAGAAGUGUAUACACGACAGUUGGAAGUGCGGCUACAUUGAAACUUAGUAAGAGUGCGACUAUGGACACCUUAGAUAGGCUGAGUGUUCGUACCGAGGUAGGACGCCCAACUCUCAGUGGGCCGCGGGGUCGAAGGGAUAGGAGUAGUGAAAGAGAAUUAGCAGCUGAGGCUGCUGAAGGUCAAACCUCAGGUGCCAGUAAUAAUGUCACAUCCCCAGCAACUUCAGAAGCAAAUGAAAAUAGGCAGGUUGUGGUUCAAGCUCGCAAGAUGCCUGAAGUACAGCUUGACUCCUCAAUCGGAAGAUUAUUACGUCCACGAACUAAUCAUGCUGCAACUAUUCAUGAAAAUGAUUCGCUGUAUAAUUAUCGAUCCGGCGAUGAAAUGUCCUUAAAAAUGGGACAUAUGGGGCAUAAAAGCAUACAGGAUCACAUAAUUGCAACGCAAAUGUCACGGCUGAAUAGGGAAAUGCCAAUCAGUGAUGUCUAUCACGAAAGAAACUUAGGCUUAGGUCUGGCACCACCACUGUCUAAACUUCUGAUGUCUGCUGCUCAGCCAAUUGUUGCCUCCGACCAUGGGGAUGCUGAAAGUAAGUCAGCCUCUGAAGACAGUUUUGGGAACUUUGACAAACUUUCCCUCGCUGAUGAUAACCAAUUGGCUCUACCCCCUAAACCUGAUUUUAAGCCUAAGCCACCGCCUAUACCUCCCAAGCGCUUUGGUCCUAAACCUUGGGUCUCUGCUCACCCCCAGGUCCAGAAUAUGGGAGUUAGUUUAGACACUUCUGCUGGUCUUCCUCAGUCAGGAGUGGUAUCUGAACUGAGUAGGAGGGACGAAGGAGAUGGUCGAUCCAUGACAGACUCUCAUUAUUCUGGUUAUUCUCCAUCACGAACAAAUGGAACUAAUAAACCAGGAGAUCUUACCAAUGCUGGCCCGUCAUCUUCACAAGGAAGAAGUUAUUAUGAUUUAAAAGGGGGUGUAGGGAGUGCCGAAAGAGAGCAAGAUACUAUGGGAACUGUUUCGUCGUCUGGAAUGUCUGGCAUGGCUGCACGUUCAGACGAGCCACUUUUGCACACUGUUGCUGAGCUGCACACUUAUGCAGCCUUUAACCCAGCUUACGAAAAUGAUGAACCCAUGGCCGUUGGUUCUGUAGGUGCACGGAUUGGCUCUUCAGAAAUAGCAGAAUACAUGGAGCAGUUGUUAGGUACAACAGAGCCCUCAGAAAAUGAUCAGUCUGAUGAAGCAUCCGAAGCAAAAACAAAAACUUGUAAAAGACCUGGAAAGCACCCAACGGCUUGGAGUAAAACAAAGAGCCAUAAACAGUUUUCACAUCAUACUCAGCAGUCAUCCAGCUGCUAGCAUUUGCCAUCUAAUUAUACAUAUAGUAUAUAAAUCAACUCUACAGAAACUGAUGUGCUACUUUGGAAUGUGUAUUAUAGUUGUUAUUGGUUAGUGUCAGUGUUGUAUCCAUGUACAUAAUGUGUAUUUAAUGAGUUGACUUACUUUAUAAGACAUAUGAUGGGCAUAUGAACAAGUUUUAUAUUUUGCCAAGUGAGUGAUGCCAUAUCAUGUGCUGGGAAAGUCUCCCAGGGACAUCAAUCGGUGCCAAAGCCUUACACAACCCGUCCCUCAAUAGACAUUCCCCCCCUCCCCCUUAACAGUUCAAAGAUUAAAGAAUUGCAAACUUGUGUAGUGAUUGCUGUACUGAUCCUGCCUCGGGAUUUUCAUUGAAUAUAAAAUGUUUAAUUGUAUAGUAAUACCUGAAGGUGAUCAAAAUUGCUAUAUUUAUUGUUUUGAAUAUGGUUCUGUGCAGUAGUUUAGGUUUCCUAACUUUUUAUGAAGUAAAAAUUUGAACAGAAGUCGUACUAAAUAGCGAAAAGCGUUUCGAAGCUGAAUUACAAAAUAUUGUUGUGAAAGCUUGUGAAUGUGAUAUCACACGACCCUUAUAUAAGUAUUAGCGUUAAUGAAUAUCACUGACAAAUACUUGGACAGUUUUUCAAGUGCUCCUUUGUACAUUUAUGGUAUUAAUGGAUGUGGGAAGGACUACGAAACCCAUCGUAUGUUUUCUCGUAUGUUUUCAGCUGCAGAAUAAGUCACUAUAGUGAUUCAUAGUGUAAAAGUAACAUAGUCAAUUUUUUUUAUUCAUUUUAUUAUGUUUUUGAGUUCCCAGUUGACUGUAUAAAUGUAUAAUAUGUGUAUGAGUGUGUUAUGUGCCACUGCUGCCUGUGAUAAAUAUAAGCAACACGUGUAUAUCAUUGUGGCUUAUGUGCUUUACGGAAAGACUGACUACCCUGUACUGUCCAGAUCACCAGUACAAAAGAGUAGCUUUGUGACCAACACUGUGGCAUAUUCUCAUUCCUCAUGUCCAAGUUGAGUCGUUUCUUGUGUCGGAACGACCGUCAAUUCUCUUAGUCCACAAGUACGUUACGUUUUGUCAAUUUGUGCCACAAACUGUAAACACUGGUUGUGUUUUUCUGUAUAUUGUGAUAUAUAUUAUAUGAGUAUUGUAAUAUAUCAAUUGUAUUAUAUAUAGAGUUUUUCUUAA